UUUCACUUGUUCAAUUCAAUUCGCUAUUGGAACCCUAGCUUCUCCUCCUCCUUCUCCUUCUGCUCCAUUGCAGGGUGCCAGAGUCCUCACGCCCCGAACUCUAGCUACCAGAAACUCAAUUCGUGAGGGAUCGGAAUCGCGAUGGGGAAGAAGAAGAAGAGGGUUUCCUCCAAGGUCUGGUGUUAUUACUGUGAUCGCGAAUUCGACGACGAGAAAAUCCUGGUGCAGCAUCAGAAAGCCAAGCACUUCAAGUGCCAUGUCUGCCACAAGAAGCUCUCCACCGCUGGUGGCAUGUCCAUCCAUGUCCUCCAAGUUCACAAGGAAUCCGUCACCAAGGUGCCCAAUGCGAAGCCUGGCAGAGAGAGUACAGAUAUUGAGAUAUAUGGGAUGCAAGGGAUUCCACCAGAUGAGUUGGCUGCUCAUUAUGGAGAGGAAGAGGAUGAUGUUCCAUCAAAGGCAGCCAAGGUGGAUGUCCCAUCAGCCCAGCUUGUAGGUGGAAUGGUGCCGCCUCCUUUGGGUCCAGGAUAUCCUCCUCGAUCAACCUUGGGCCCAAUGCCACCAAUGUAUAAUCACGCUGUGCCUCCUAGUGCAUGGCCUGUUCCACCUCGACCUCAGCCAUGGUUUCCACAACCUCCAGCUGUUUCCAUGCCUCCUCCUGUUCCUUAUCCACAACAGCCAUUAUUUCCUGUGCAGAAUAUGAGGCCACCACUGCCAUCAACUACUUCUCUAGUUCAAACUCAGAUUACUCCUCCUGGAUUGCCUACAUCUACACCUUCUGUCCCAGUUUCACAACCAUUAUUUCCUGUUGUUGGAAAUAACCACACAUCAAGUCAAAGUUCAACAUUUUCUGCUGCACCUAUUUCUCCAGGUGUUGCAUCAAUAACCCCAGUGCUGUCUUCAAAUGUCCCUGUUGAUGCACAUUUGGGUGUCAACUCUUCUGUGACAAGUAGUUAUCAGGCAAUAGGGAUUCCAGGUGGGCCAGCAAGUAACUCACAUUCUUAUGCUUCUGGUCCAAAUACCGGUGGUCCUUCAAUUGGCCCUCCCCCAGUAAUUGCAAACAAAGCUCCUGCUCCUCAGCCCGCCACUAAUGAAGUCUACUUAGUUUGGGAUGAUGAGGCAAUGUCCAUGGAGGAAAGAAGAAUGUCUUUACCAAAAUAUCAGGUGCAUGAUGAAAGUAGCCAGGUAAGUCAUACUACCUCUGCAAUACAUGGAGUUGCUUUCACAUCUAACCAGAUGAGUAGGUUUUAUGCUUCCUAUUUACAGAUUCAGUUGUUUACGCAUUGUUACCUAUUUAAAGAGGUAUUUCUGUGUAAAUUUCUAGCCCUGUUUUGAGAAAAUAAAUGUCGAAGAAAAUAUGAUCCUUUUAAUCCUACCUCUUGCUUCAUAACCUAAGGGGUAAUUCAUUUUGUUUUAUUUUAAAUGGUCACUAUCGCUAAAAGCUAUGCCUCCAUUUUUGCGGGCCUCCAAAGGUUCAAGUAGGUAUUCUAUUAAUUUCUUUGGUAGUUAAUUAUAGUCACUAUAACAUAAUCUGUGAAGCUUGCUGCAAACAACCAACUUCGUGAUCCUUCAUCCCAGCAUUUGUACAUCGUUAAGAGUAUGUAUGUAUAUUUUUGUUGGGUUUGGUUUGCCAAUGUUAUUCUUUCUCCCCCUGCUUGAUUCCAAAAGUUUGGGGUUUACCCAACUGGUUUUUGCCCACUCGUAGCAUCAUUACAUUUAUUUUAUGGAACAAGUGAAUUCAGACUUGGCCCAGGUCAGCUUCUUUCGCAGAGUUUGGAUCUCUUGCAUAGGACCAGGCUCUAAAAUAUUUGGUUUGUUGUAAUUUGUGGUCUAUGAUUACUUGCUGAUCACUAUUUUCAUGUUUGUCUUUCAGAUGAGCUCCAUAGAUGCAGCCAUAGAUAAGAGGAUACUUGAAAGCAGGCUGGCCGGUCGUAUGGCAUUUUAGAUCAAUCUCAUCCAUACACACCUGUCAAAUGUCUUCAGUCAAAUGUCUUCAGUGAUAUGGUCUCAGAACGGCGUUUUAAUUAUCUGCUGACAACAUGUGUUCAACAUUCCUUUAUUUAAGGCAAGUAACCUUGUUAUUGUGCCAUUCUUUGCCAAAAUGGACAGUGGGCUCGGCCCUCAUAUUGAAAUCAAGGAAAGAAGGUUGCAAUGGGGUUUUGAAAUGCUUAUCUGGUAAUAUUUGCUCUAAGGAUGUUGCAGAGCUUUGUUUCUUUCUUUUUCCCGUACCUUUUCUCCCUUUGAUGUUUUUAGUCAAUCUUUUAGGACAUGGUACUUCAUUACCAUUUGGUGUAAUCUACAUGUCUUGUGUCUUUGGGAAACAAAAUUGACUGCAUUUCUUUGUUCUUCGUCAUUUGUAUUGUUUUACCUUAUCGCGAGUGUAAAAGAAAGUCAUGAAAGAGGAAAAUUACAAACCUUUGCAGACAAUAAAACUUAUUUGAAUACAACUUUUAUAUAUUCAUACUCA